CUUAUUUAUACUUUAUUCAGUUAUAACGUGUUACAGUCCAAUUAUUAUGGCUUCUUCUCCUAGUGGAACAUCUUCAGGGUCGGAGGAUAUUCAGCAACUAAUGGACCAAAGGAAACGCAAAAGAAUGAUAUCAAACAGGGAAUCAGCAAGAAGAUCAAGAAUGAAGAAGCAAAAGCGUUUGAGUGAUCUAAUUGUUCAAGUGAAUCAACUCAAGGAUCAGAAUAAUAAAAUUGUAACUAACAUAAAUAUGGUGACUCAAGUUUAUUUGAACGUGGAAGCAGAGAACUCUGUUCUUAGAGCACAAAUGGCAGAAUUAAGCCACAGGCUUCAGUCCCUAAACGAGAUCAUUAACUGCAUAAACUCUGCAGCAACAAUAAUUGACGACACAGAGGUUAAUGGUGAAGAUGAUUUCUUGAAUCCUUGGAAUUUGCUACAUGUGAAUCAGCCAAUCAUGGCUUCUGCUGAUGUUUUCAUGUACUGAUCUUAUAUCAUUUGUCAUUGAAAAAUCAAUUAGAGAGAAAAAAAAAAAAAGAUAUUGUUGUUGCUUGGCUCUUGGCUUGGCUCUAGAUGGAGGCGUUUGGUUAGGUUCACUAAUAAAUAAUUGGAUUUUAAAGAAAAGAGAAGUACUUUUAAAUGAGGGUUGAUAAAAUAGUUGUUGACACCUCUUGGUUUGUGAAUGGGUUGUUGCUACUAAAUUAGUAUUAAGUUGCUUGUCACUUUUGUCAUUUUAUUAAAGAUAAAUCCAUCAGUGUCUUGUGUGUAACACACUGCUAUUCUAUUUGUUUA